AUGGAAAACGCAAAUUUAUGGACGAGGCGCUCAAACACCGGAAAGCUCUCGCUGUCCAUGAAAGACCAGGACACCAAGGACGGCAACAAAACAGAUUCACCCCGAUCCUUCAAUAGUAGACGGUUCGGUGAUUCCUCCUCACACGGCAAGAACAAUCCCUUCAACGCACUAUCCCCUUCGGCCACCAAGUCACCCUCGGUCGGCGCAUCCUCUGCCUUUGGCCUAGGAAGUGGUGCCUUCGCUUCAUUUGGAUCGGCCAAAACCCCAAAGACCCCAGGAACCGGCUCUGGCUUUGACUUUUCGUCCAAGGAGAAGAAAGAGAAGGAGGCGGACAAUUCAGCAGAGACCCUCCCAGCGGAAAUUGCGCGAUCACCUGCAGCAUCUAGUUCUCCCGCAGAACACGCCCUUCGCAACACCUGGAACCUCUUCUAUCGCCCUCCGGCAAACAAGUUCUCCGACUAUGAAAAAUCCACCUUGAAGCUGGCUGCGAUUGGCAGUGCUGAAGACUUUUGGAAGAUAUAUUGCCAUCUGAAGCGGCCGUCGUUAUUACCCACAGUCUCCGAUUACCACAUUUUCAAGGACGGAAUUCGCCCAGUUUGGGAAGACGAAGCGAACAAAAGAGGAGGCAAAUGGAUCGUGCGUCUAAAGAAAGGUGUAGCAGAUCGUUAUUGGGAAGACCUCUUGCUCGCAAUCAUUGGCGACCAGUUUAUGGAAGCUGGUGAAGAGGUAUGUGGUGCAGUGCUCAGUGUCCGAAGCGGGGAGGAUGUGCUCAGUGUCUGGACGAGAAAUGAUGGGGGUCGCAAUAUCAAGAUCAGAGAAACAAUCAAGCGAAUACUGGCAUUUCCCCCGGACACAAACAUCGUGUGGAAAAGCCACGAUGAUAGCAUCGCCCAGCGAUCGGCCUUGGACGAGGCUCGCCAGCAGAAGGUGAGCGGCCCACCUAGUCAUGGGGGCACUGAAAGGCGGCGCCUCACAUUGCACGAUGAUGCCGAAAAGACCAAGAAACCUACUACUUCCUAG